AUAACAAACAAUCAGUGAGGGCUGUGGGGACGCCGGGCCAUUUACCUAAUACUGCUACUAUCUGCUCAUUACAGCCAUGAAGCGAGACAAGGCGUGUGUGUCCAGAAUCGUGAAGGACGCCAGUGUUAUAUUACUGGACAUUGAGGGCACAACAACAUCCAUCAGUUUCGUUAAGAAUGAGCUGUUCCCAUACGUGCGGCGCGAGGUGGGCCAGUACCUGCAGCGCACCUGGGACAGCGAGGAGACCAAGGAAGACGUGGCCGCGCUGUCCCGCCAGGUCGAGGAGGACGUGGCUGCGGGGUUGGCGGGGAGCCAGGCACUGCCAAGCACAGGUGAGCGGGAGGCGGUGAUUGCAGCGCUGGUGGCCAACGUGGAGGGCAUGAUGGACGCCGACAGGAAGGUGGGGCCGCUCAAAGCCUUGCAGGGACACAUGUGGCGCAGCGCCUACCAAGAGGGCGCCGUGGAGGGCCACGUGUACGAUGAUGUGGUGCCCGCCCUGGAGGAGUGGCGUGCCCUUGGGAAGCGCAUCUACAUUUACUCCUCCGGCAGCGUGGAGGCACAAAAACUGCUCUUCAGACACUCCUGCCGCGGCGACCUUCUGCAUUUCUUUAGCGGCCACUUCGAUACGUCCGUGGGAGCCAAGGUGAACGCCCAGAGCUACAGGGAUAUUGUGUCCCAGCUGGAGUGUGCGUCUGGGGAGGAGGUUCUCUUCAUCACCGAUCUUGAGAAAGAGGCAUUCGCGGCGGCCGAAGCAGGAAUGCGAGUGGUGGUGUCCGUGAGGGAAGGCACGGCGCCCCUCACCCAAGCUUGUCUGGAUUCUUUCCGCACCAUCACCUCCUUCGCCGAGCUAUCCCAAGAGGACCCUGAUUCCCCGAUCUCGUCCCCGAAGAAAGCCAGGGUGGAGGCGGAGGACGAAGGGGAAGGAGGUAAAGGGCAGCGGAGAGGCAGACGCUCACAAGAAUGGAAGCAAGAAGGAAGGCAAAGGAGUGGCUGCUAAGAAAGAUGAGGAGGGAGAUAAAGAGGCGGUUCAGAAAUAGAGUAGAAUAUGUAGUUUCUUGAUGGGUGAAGUAGAUGUAGAUAAAUGUUACUGUACUGUUUUGUC